GAAGAUUUGUGCCUGCAUUUUGAGCUUCCUUCUCUUUCAGUGCCUAUAGUUAGCAUCAGCUCUGAGAGUGGCAUUCGAUUUUCAGACGAUAAAUAUUCUCCACAAAACAACUCACUAGAGGUAGAUCAGAGGCUUCAAUUAACAAAAGUGAGUCGGGAAAAGGAACAGAAAGAUGCAAAGAUGCCAGUAGAGGAACUUAAAAGGGAAAAUGAACUAAAAUGCAAAGAAUGUGCUGAAGCUUGGAAGUCCUUAAAGGAGCUUCAGAAUGAGCUCAUGCGCAAGUCAAUGCACGUUGGAUCACUCGCUUUUGCAAUUGAGGGCCAAGUGAAAGAAAAGAGCAGAUGGUUUUCAUCCUUGAGAGAUCUUACGAGGAAAUUGAAGAUUCUAAAAAUGGAUCAAAUCAAAGUAUCUGAAGAGGCUUUAUUAUAUAAGCAGCAAUUACUAGCAGAUUUUGCAGAUAUGAGCUCUACCAUUCAGUCCAAAUUAAAGGAACAAGUUGAAUUGCAUGAAGAUCUCAAGAUCAAGUUCGUCAAGGGUGCUAAGGAACAGAAGGAACUUUAUAACAAGGUUUUGGAUUUAAAAGGGAACAUUAGGGUCUUUUGCCGGUGUAGGCCUUUGAACGCUGAAGAGACAGCUGCAGGAGCUUCAAUGGCGAUUGACUUUGAAGCUGCAAAGGAUGGGGAACUCACUGUGAAGUAUAACGGCAUGUCUAAAAAGACCUACAAGUUUGACGCCAUUUUUAGCCCCCAAGCCGACCAAGCUGAAGUUUUUGAGGAUACUGCUCCCCUGGCAACCUCAGUUCUAGAUGGGUACAAUGCCUGCAUAUUUGCCUAUGGCCAGACUGGUACUGGCAAGACAUUUACAAUGGAGGGCACAGAAGAAGCUCGAGGGGUCAAUUACCGGACUCUUGAGGAGCUAUUUCGCAUUAUUGACGAGCGAAAGAACACAGUUCAUUACGAAAUAUCAGUAAGCGUCUUGGAAGUAUACAAUGAGCAGAUCCGAGACUUGCUAGUUUCAGGAUCUCAACAAGGUGUGAAAAGGCUUGAAAUAAAGCAAGUUGGAGAAGGAAUGCAUCAUGUCCCUGGACUAGUUGAGGCCCACGUGAAUAAUAUGACUGAGGUUUGGGAAGCCUUACAAACUGGUAGCAAUGCAAGGGCAGUUGGAUCAACCAAUGCAAAUGAGCACAGCAGCCGAUCACAUUGCAUACUUUGUGUAAUGGUAAAGGGGGAGAAUUUGCUAAAUGGGGAAUGCACAAGAAGCAAACUGUGGUUAAUUGAUUUAGCAGGAAGUGAGAGGAUAGCAAAGACAGAAGUACAGGGUGAAAGGCUAAAAGAAACCCAAAAUAUAAACAGAUCUCUUUCUGCCCUUGGAGAUGUGAUAUCUUCACUUGCAACAAAGAGUCCGCAUAUUCCAUUCCGGAACUCGAAACUUACUCAUUUACUCCAAGACUCACUAGGAGGAGAUUCAAAGACGUUGAUGUUUGUUCAGAUCAGUCCAAAUGAGAGUGACUUGAGUGAGACUCAUUGCUCAUUAAAUUUUGCAAGUCGAGUUCGAGGUAUAGAGCUAGGUCCAGCAAAGAAGCAAGUGGAUAGUAUGGAGCUCCUGAAAUACAAACAGAUGGUCGAAAAGGGAAAACAAGACAUGAAGAACAAGGACUUUCAUAUGAAAAAGAUGGAGGAUACAAUUCAUGGUUUGGAUAUUAAGUUGAAAGAAAAGGAUAUGAAAAACAAAAAUCUUCAGGACAAGAUUAAGGAACUAGAAUCACAACUUCUUGUGGAGAGAAAACUUGCUCGACAACACGUGAACUCUAAAAUUGCUGAACAAUUUCAGCAACAGCUUAUUGAACAACAGAAUGAGAAACAAGAAGCUGCACCAAUGAGGCCACCAUUUGCGAACAAAAUUUCUGUUCAAAAGACUUAUGAUGAAAAUAAGGAUCCACCAAUUAAUACUACACGACCGCUUACUGAGAACAAUUUCCACAAACUCUCUAUGGCUCCUGCUACUGUGGAUUGUCCUUUUAAGCAGAAUAACCUGACAGAAAAAGAAAACAAUCCAGAUAUUGAUGAACAAGUAGUUGUUCCGAAGAGGAGUGGGCGAGCUUCUAUGUGCCCGAUUGCAAACAGGAUUUUGCCUGCACCUGCUCCACGCCGUAACUCUCUAGUUCCACUGCGCUACGUAGCACCUGUAACCAAGUUUCCUCCUUCACUUUUACCAUUGAGAUCAAUACAAGCAGAGGAGACGGAAGAUGCUGAGGGGGUCGAUUCAAAGUGCUUACCUGAACCAACAUCACAGUGUAGUCCUAAAGAGCUUAAGAGUGUGAGUAAGAAACUAAACAGUGUCUUGAGACGAAGCCUUCAGAAGAAAAUGCAGUUCAAGUCUCCACUGCAGCAGUACAUAAGAAGAGUUGGUGUGAAUGUGGGCGCGGAGAAAGUUAGGGUCUCCAUUGGUAGCAGAGGAAGGAUGGCUCACAGGACGUUGCUUGGUAAUGCGAUAAGAGUUCCAAAAGAAAAUCAGCAGAAGCAAAGAUGGAAUAUUGGAACAGCUGCAAGAGCAGUUCUAUGAUUCUGUUUCUUUACUUCCUUUCUUCUUGGUUUCUGUUCAUAACAAGGGCUAUGCUUCUUCCUUGCACACGCAGCAACACGUAGCGAAAACAAAACAAAAAAAAUAUAUAAGAAAGAAAUGGUCUGUUGAUUUGUUUGGAUGAUGCUUAUCAUCUGCUGAAAGUAUUUGGAAUUGUUUGAUUGGUGUAAAUGCUUAAAAGAUUGGUGUAAAUGCUUGAAAGAUUUCUUCUCUUA